AACAUAUAAAUGGAGAUACUGAUGUUGAAUUCAUCUGUGUUUUGUUUAGAUGUCCCUGGUAGAUUUGGGAAAGAAGCUUUUAGAAGCCGCACGAGCAGGUCAAGAUGAUGAAGUUCGUAUUUUGAUGGCAAAUGGAGCUCCUUUUACUACAGACUGGCUGGGAACUUCUCCACUUCAUCUGGCAGCACAAUACGGACAUUAUUCCACCACGGAGGUGCUACUCCGGGCUGGUGUAAGUAGGGAUGCCCGAACCAAAGUGGACCGGACGCCUUUACAUAUGGCCGCUUCAGAGGGCCAUGCCAGCAUAGUAGAGGUUUUACUUAAGCAUGGUGCUGAUGUCAAUGCAAAAGACAUGCUAAAGAUGACGGCUCUCCACUGGGCCACAGAACACAAUCAUCCAGACGUGGUGGAACUUUUGAUCAAAUACGGUGCUGAUGUACACACACAAAGUAAAUUUUGUAAAACGGCAUUUGAUAUUUCAAUAGACAAUGGGAAUGAAGAUUUAGCAGAGAUAUUACAGAUUGCAAUGCAGAACCAAAUCAACACAAACCCAGAGAGCCCUGACACUGUGACGAUUCAUACUGCAACACCACAGUUUAUCAUUGGACCUGGAGGGGUGGUGAACCUAACAGGUCUGGUAUCUUCAGAAAAUUCAUCCAAGGCAACAGAUGAAACGGGUGUCUCUGCUGUUCAGUUUGGAAACUCCUCUACAUCAGUAUUAGCUACAUUAGCUGCCUUAGCUGAAGCAUCUGCUCCGUUAUCCAACUCUUCCGAAACUCCAGUCGUGGCCACGGAGGAAGUAGUGACUGCAGAAUCUGUGGAUGGUGCAAUUCAGCAAGUAGUUAGUUCAGGCGGCCAGCAAGUCAUCACCAUCGUUACCGAUGGAAUCCAGCUCGGAAAUUUGCACUCGAUCCCCACCAGUGGAAUAGGUCAGCCCAUCAUUGUGACUAUGCCAGAUGGACAACAAGUAUUAACAGUACCAGCAACAGACAUAGCUGAAGAAACUGUUAUAAGCGAAGAACCACCAGCUAAGAGACAAUGUAUUGAAAUAAUUGAAAACCGGGUGGAAUCUGCAGAAAUAGAAGAGAGAGAAGCUCUUCAGAAACAGCUGGACGAAGCAAACCGAGAAGCACAAAGAUAUCGACAGCAGCUUCUAAAGAAGGAGCAGGAGGCGGAGGCCUACAGGCAGCAAUUGGAAGCCAUGACUCGUCUUCAGACCCACAAAGAAGCCGUCUAGUGCCAGCUGUGACUGCUGUUUGGUUUUAGUUGUGGUCAAGCAAGGAUGCAAUCGGAACUGUACACCGCACGGGUCCAGUCAUAGGGAUACAGGACAAGAGAAGAGGCUGCAGGUCGGACGGACAUAAAGCCAUGAGCUCUGAAUUCUUGUAACAUACAAACUUAAGAAGUGAAAUGUAUUUAAAACAGAAUUCUGUACAUAGGUUUUUGUUUUGUUUUUUACAGUUCCAAAUGAGUUGAUAAAGACUGCUUAUGAGAUCCAAAAACCACAACAAGCCGCUGUUUUUGUGAAUUCUUUCCGAUUUUAGUAUGAACCUUAAUUUCUCAGAAACGGAACAGUUUUAAGGGUGAUGGUUGUUGGUUAGACCAAAUGUGUAUAAUUAUGUGGUGGACUGAUGCUGGAAUUUCUCCCGCAGGUGGAAACUACUCUGUGAAGAGAAGAGUUCUCCUCGGGAACUCUUUGCACAGCUUAAAGUUGUCUCAGAUUCUCUGAAAACGUUUUUUUAAGAAAGCAAAACUUUUAUAUUUGUUCACUUUCUGCUACACCCAAGUAGAUUUACAUGUAUAUGAAGCAAAUAUUUUUUAAAUUUUAUGUCUGUACAUAUUUUGCAUGUUUUCUAAUUUCAGAGCGCAUCGUUUGCAUAGGUAUUUUUCCCACGGAGGUGAUGAAAGGUCGUAAGGGGUGGGGGAUGUGGACAGGCUAUUAGUGUCUAGGCCAGUGAAAUGAAGUAAGCUAGCAGACAGUUUUAUUGGAGUGACAGUGUUCUUAGAAGGAGCAGCUUACACGCGGUAACGUGAAUUUGCAAAAUCUCUGCUUUUUGGAGAAUUUCAUAAAAGCGCGUGAACCUGUAUUCUGUGCCUGCCAUCAUGAUUUCCACAUGUAAGCACUUUAAGGCACUGGAUCUCACGAUAAUGUUUUUUGGGAAGAAACCCGAUGCAUAUGGGCUUCUAAAAUACUCCCUGGACUCAUUUCCUCCCCAGGAGAUUAUUCUAACGGAAUUAAAAUUUAAAAAAUGAAAAAAGAAAAGCUUUUUGUAUGUAGAACAAGAACUUUUUGAACUAUGGUGAUGCGUUAGCUGUGUAACAUUACUUUUCCUCCUCCCUGCGAAAGCUGUAUGUCUGUGCUGUGACUCAUCACAAGAUUGUUCAAUUCUACAGAGUACGGGCUCUAACUCUGCCAUACGAUUCUUUCUGUUUUUUUGUAAAACAUAGCUUCGGCCCUCAUCCCCCAUGCACACGCUUGCUUUAUUAUUUUCAGUGUGUUUUAUUGCUUUAUGAAAAUGUUUAUCUACUCCUAAAACCCCUCUACAUUAUCUAUACUGUACAAAGAAGCAAUUACCCUUAAAACUGUAUUCUGGGCUACUUUUCUAUUUUACAAUUAAAUAUCUUUUCCACAUA